AUGGAUCAAAUUGAGCACAAGUACGUGGAAGUCAACGGGCUGAAGCUUCAUGUAGCUGAGAUUGGAGGAGGAGAAGAAGGGCCAAAAGCAGUGUUGUUCUGUCAUGGGUUUCCUGAGAUCUGGUACUCUUGGCGCCACCAAAUGAUUGCUGUGGCAAAAGCUGGUUACAGAGCCAUUGCGCCGGAUUACAGAGGUUAUGGACUAUCUGAUCCUCCAAAAGAACCGGAGAAGGCCUGUUAUACUGACUUCAUCGGUGAUCUUUACUCUCUCCUUGAUGUUUUUGGAAUUUCCAAGGUAUGUCUUGUUGGUAAAGAUUUCGGGGCUCGGAUAGUUUAUCUGUUUGCGCUGAUGUAUCCUGAGAGAGUUGCUGGAGUUGUAACAUUGGGUAUACCUUUUUUGCCUCCAAAACUCCCUUCAAUGUUAGACGGCUUACCCGAGGGUUUCUACAUUGCUAGAUGGCAGGAACCUGGAAAAGCCGAAGCUGAUUUUGGUCGACUUCAUCCUAAAGCGGUUGUGCGCAACAUCUAUGUCCUCUUUUCCAGGCCUGAAAUUCCUAUAGCUGAAGAAAAUCAAGAGAUCAUGGACUUGGUCGAUUCAUCAACUCCGCUCCCCUCAUGGUUUACAGAGGAAGAUCUUGAAAACUAUGGUGCUCUAUAUGAGAAAUCUGGAUUCCAAACGGCCCUAAAAGUGCCUUACAGGACAAUGGAUGAAGAGUUCAACAUAUCAGAAGUGAAGGUUGAUGCUCCUGCAUUGCUGAUUAUGGGUGAAAAGGACUAUUUCAUCAAAUUUCCAAAUAUGGAGGGCUACAUAAGAAGUGAUCAGGCAAAAAUGUUUGUCCCUAAAUUGGAGACAGUAUUCAUCCCCGAAGGCUCCCAUUUUGUUCAGGAGCAACUUCCAGACCAAAUGAUCAAGCUGGCAAAAGAAAAAAUCUGGUACAAAAGUAUGUCGUCGACUUUCUCGUCGCAUUGUCCAUCCCUGCUGCCGAUGAUGAAGUCGACGAAAGAAACUUUUUCGACGAAAGAAGAUUUACAGAAGUGGUCAAUGGAUCAGAUUGAGCACAAAUACGUGGAGGUCAACGGGCUGAAGCUUCAUGUGGCCGAGGCUGGUGGAAGAAAUGGGACAGGAGUCGUGUUGUUCUGUCAUGGGUUUCCUGAGAUUUGGUAUUCUUGGCGCCACCAAAUGGUUGCUGUGGCAAAAUCUGGUUACAGAGCCAUUGCACCCGAUUACAGAGGUUAUGGACUAUCUGAUCCUCCAAAGGAGCCAGAGAAGGCCUCUUAUGCUGACUUCAUUAGUGAUCUCUACUGUCUCCUUGAUGUUUUUGGCAUUUCCAAGGUGUUUCUCGUUGGUAAAAGUUUCGGAGCUCGGAUAGUUUAUCUUUUUGCGAUGAUGUAUCCUGAUAGAGUUGCAGGAAUUGUGACCUUGGGUAUACCUUUUUUGCCUCCAAAACUCCCUUCAAUGUUAGAAGGCAUACCUGAAGGGGUCUACAUUGCUAGAUGGAAGGAACUGGGAAAAGCAGAAGCUGAUUUCGGUCGAUUUUCCCCAAAAGAAGUUGUGCGCAACAUCUAUGUACUCUUUUCCAGAGCUGAUAUUCCAAUAGCUGAGGAGAAUCAAGAGAUAAUGGAUUUGGUCGACUCAUCGACUCCUCUUCCCUCUUGGUUUACAGAGGAAGAUCUUGAAUACUAUGGUGCUCUUUAUGAGAAAUCUGGAUUCCAAACUUCCCUGAAAGUGCCGUAUAGGUCAAUUGAUGAAGGGUUCGAAAUAUCAGAAGUGGAGGUUGAUGCUCCAGCCCUGUUGAUUAUGGGUGAAAAAGAUUUUUACAUCAAAUUUUCAAAUUUGGAGGGUUACAUAAGAAGUGAUCAGGCAAAGAAGUUUGUUCCCAGAUUGGAGACAGUAUUCAUCCCUGAAGGUUCCCAUUUUGUUCAGGAGCAACUUCCAUACCAAGUGAAUAAGCUUAUACUCAAUUUCCUCAAGACUCAUUUUUAA